AUUUAUCCUUACGUUUUGCCGGUGCACACUGGACUCAAUUUGUAACACACUUAAAGAGUCCUUAAAAAAGCAAAAUAUAUGAAUGCGACAAUUGCAGGAAUAUACAUGUGUAACAAAACCCAAACAAACCAAAAAAUCACACAAGGACAGAGUUCACUGAAAUGUGAGAAUGGCCAAUUCUUUAAGAGGUGAAGUGAUAAAACUGUACAAAAAUCUGCUGUACCUUGGAAGGGAGUAUCCCAAAGGAGCAGACUACUUCAGAAGCCGUUUGAAAGCAGCUUUUCUAAAAAACAAAGAUGAGACAGACCCUGAAAAAAUUAAGCAACUGAUUGCCCGUGGAGAAUUUGUUAUAAAGGAGCUGGAGGCUUUGUACUUCCUGAGGAAAUACCGAGCCAUGAAGCAGCGCUACUACAGCGACGACAAGCCCUGACUGUGCCUGUAACCACACACCCCCAGGAAAGGUAACAAUAAAAGAGCUCUUGCUGCAA